ACCGAACCGGAGAACCAAACCACAAACCACGUCCAGCAUGAUGGCGAGCAAGGAAGAGGACUCGAAGGCAUUCCCACUGAAACGCAAUGAAGUUUUGAAGUGGAAUGGCUGGGGGUAUAAAGAUUCUAAAUUUGUCUUGCAGGAUAACGGCGUAGUUGCCUUCACGGGUGAUAGGUAUGGUGCACUUGCCGGAGAGCUGCUUCCUAAGCUACGUGAAUGGUUUGAAAAGGAGUGUGGUGCAGAUAUGAAACUAUACUCACCAUCAAGGCCUAAAAUAAACAUUCAAGACUACGAAGAUGUAAAAAUUAAUGAUGCGUUCUUGGAUGCUGCAAAAAGGAACGAUAUUCUAAUUUCUAUGGAAGCAGAGGAAAGGAUUGUACAUGGCCACGGCCAUACCCUACAUGAAAUUUUUGCUCUUAGACAUGGAAAGUUGCAACGGAUUCCAGAUGCAGUAAUUUGGCCUAAGUGUCAUGAAGAAGUGGUGAAAGUUGUCCAACUUGCAUCUCAGUAUAAUGUUUGCCUUAUUCCAUUUGGUGGUGGAACAAGCGUCUCAGGUGCAGUGCAAUGCCCAGAGGAUGAAGCACGCAUGAUAGUGUCAGUUGAUAUGACUAAUAUGGAUAAAAUUUUGUGGGUCGAUGAUGAAAAUUUAACUGCACACAUUGAAGCUGGCAUAAUAGGUCAAGAUUUGGAAAGGAAACUUGAAAAGCAAGGGUUUUGCACAGGUCAUGAACCAGAUUCUAUGGAGUUCAGCUCUCUUGGUGGAUGGGUAGCAACAAGGGCGUCAGGUAUGAAGAAAAACCGAUAUGGAAAUAUUGAGGAUCUCGUCGUGAGAAUAAAAGCAGUGACGCCAAUAGGAACCGUAGAGAAGAGUUGCCAGGUACCAAGAAUGUCUGCUGGUCCAGAUAUACAUCACUUUAUUCUUGGUUCUGAAGGAACGCUAGGCCUAGUCACUGAAGUUACAAUAAAGAUCAGACCAUUGCCAGAAUGUAAAACUUAUGGCUCAGUUAUCUUUCCAGAAUUUGAAGCUGGAAUUGCAUGCCUAAGAGAGAUUGCUAAACUUAAAUGUACACCUGCUUCAAUACGUUUGAUGGAUAAUGCACAAUUUCAGUUUGGGCAGGCUUUGAAGCCUGGAAGUACACCAGUCUGGACAAGGUUUGUUGAUAGUAUCAAAGCAUUCUACUUGCUAAGGUUCAAAAGAUUUGAAGCUUCAAAAAUGUGUGUCUGCACUUUACUUUUUGAAGGGAGUAAAGGUGAGGUUUCUCAGCAACACAUCAUUUACAGCAUUGUGCCAAAGUAUGGGGGAAUACCUGCAGGUGUGACCAAUGGGAAGCGAGGCUACACUCUGACUUUUGUGAUAGCAUAUUUAAGGGACCUUGGAUUUGACUAUCACUUUAUUGCUGAAUCUUUUGAAACAUCUGUUCCUUGGGAUAGAGUGUCUAACCUUUGCAGGAAUGUCAAAGCAUUAUUGGCAAAAAAGUGCUCUGAUUUUAAUAUUAUUCGAAAGCCUUUAGUUACAUGUAGAGUUACCCAGGCGUAUGACAGUGGUGCUUGUGUUUACUUUUACUUUGGAUUUAACUAUUAUGGUAUUGAAAAUCCUGUACUUGUUUAUGAGACAAUUGAGAAUGCUGCUAGAGAUGAGAUUAUUGCCAAUGGAGGAUCUAUCUCACAUCAUCAUGGUAUUGGCAAGAUAAGGAAAAGGUGGCUUGAGUCAACAAUAUCCAACACUGGCACAGAUAUGAUUAGAGCAGUUAAAGAAAAAGUAGAUC